AUGUCAGAUAAUCGUUUGUUUGAAGAUCCAAUUCAUGCCAAUAUUUAUGCUAAAUAUAGAAGUAUUGCUCCAAACAAUGUAAUCAAAAUAAUAAUAGAUUACCUAGGUGAAAAAGUUAGUCCAAACAAUUGGCACAUUGCCGUCGAUGUUGGCUGCGGUUCGGGUCAGGCAACCAACUCUUUGGCACAAUAUUUUCAUCGCUGUUACGGAUUGGAUGUGAGUGCGGCACAGAUCAAAGUGGCCACCGAUAGUCAACACCCUAUUAAUGUUGUCUAUGAAAUUUGUUCAGCAGAAAAUAUGUCAACAAUUGAUACAAAUAGUGUCCAAUUGGUGACAGCAUUUCAAUGUGUCCAUUGGUUUGACUUUGAAAAGUUUAUGCGGGAAACAACACGCGUGUUGGUUGAUAACGGUGUGGUAGCUCUGGUGGGCAAUCUGUUUGGCGAAGCAAUAGACCCGAACAAUCCCGAAGACAACAGUAUUAAUGGACUGUUAUAUGACUGGCGAUGCGAUCAACGAAUGCCACGAUUUUCGGACACAAAAAUUAAAGACAACAAUUAUAUGGACUACAAGUUUGAUGACAAUUAUGAAUAUAAAUACUUAGAUAACAUACGUCAACCUAAAAUAAUCACUUCAUUGGAUAUAAUCGGUCGACUCGAGUCCAGUUCACGAUAUCAGGAACUGUUGGCCAGAGAUCCCGAGUCAGCACAGAUGAUAAUAGAGGACUACAAAGACAGGCUAAAAGCAAUCUUAAAAAUUGAUAAUUUACUUAACAAACAAAUUACCGCUUAUUAUACAUAUUUUAUAGCAUUGGGACGUAAACUAACUAAUUAA